GCACUAGAUCAACAUGCCCUCGAGAAAGCAGGUGCGACUCGGAGCAAGACAGAAUUCGCGAUCUAUCGAGAAGCAACCGCUUCAGUUUCUCUACGCAACGAAGAAGAUCAUCUCCCAGCAGAUGGCAUAUACCUCGGCGUCCGAACACUCGACCUGGAAUGGGGUGUUUGUCCCCACGCCAUACGUCUUUUCACGGGACAUGAUACAUCUCGUGUGAUUGACACGGAGAACAUAACGGCGAAUCGGACCCGCAACAUCAUCCGCGACUUUACAUCCGAGAAUUUCUACAAAAACCGUCCUUACGUUCUAGAUUGGCCAUACUUUCGAUUCUACGCUGAAGUGCCCUUAUACAGUCCCUCCGGGUAUGUACUGGGCUCAUAUUGUGUUGUGGACGACAAAACACGAACAGAAUUCGGUGACAAGGAAGUUAUUGCUCUUCAGGAGAUUGCGGAUGCCAUCGCCCAACACCUCGAGAAUGUUCGGGUCGUUCACUAUCACCACAGGGCAGAAAACUUGGUAAAAGGCUUGACGAAAUUUGUCAAAGGACAUCCGGAGUUUGACUCUCCAGACUCUUUCAGUCAACUUGCAGCAUCCACGGAAACACUGAGUUUCCAUAACCCGAAACUCCCUAGUAAUGACAUUCAGUCAACAGAGCUGGAUACAUUACUUCCAGCGAGUAAAUCUCUCAGUAAUGAGUCGGUCGGCCGAUCAUCCUCAACGACCCAGGAGGAGGGAGUAUCUUCUCUUUUCUCAGAGAUGAAAGGCUCUCAAACCACCCUGCCUUCUACUCAGCCGUCAUCGCUUGCCCCGGGAUCACCAAAAUUAACAGCUCUGAUAGGCCCUGGCGAGAACUUCUCUGGAUCAGCAGUGGAUGACGUGCCAGUUGCAGAACGUCUUUCAGCGAUAUUUUCGCGCGCCAGUGAAUUACUUAGAGCUUCGAUGGAUCUUAGUGGCGUCGCCUUUCUCGAUGCACGUCAAAGUGGCUCGCAAUUCGACCUCUCUGAUGGCUUUGGGGACUGUGAAACCCUCUCCGAACAUGGGGACUCAGGUCUGGCGAUCGAUCCACGGCCUUGGCUCCUUGGUCACUCUGCCGAGAAAUCGCUAGAGAGCCCAGAAAGGCUGUGCCGCCCUUUGGAUCAUAUCUCUAGCAUGUUGCCCACCGAGCCUCCUAAUACAGGGCCUUUCACAAUACAAGAAGACUUGUUAGAAACGUUGAUUAAAAACUUCCCAAGCGGACACAUAUUCAACAUGGACGAUGAACCACGUGGGCCGGAGACCAUGCAACGACAAACAUCUCGCCGCCUUGCAUACCACCUACCAGAUGCGAAGUCGGUGCUCUUUUUCCCAUUGUGGGACUGGAAUAAAUCACAUUGGCUAGCAGGAACGUUGGUCUGGACACAAGAUAGCCAUCGUCCUUUGGGCAUGGAAGAACUGCAUUAUUUCAAAGCGUUCGGUGACUCCAUUAUUUCCGAAGUGUCUCGUGUGCACUGGAGGGCGACUGAGAAGUCAAAGUUUGAUUUCGUCUCCUCUAUCAACCACGAGCUUCGCUCUCCGCUGCAUGGUAUACUUGGGAGUGCAGAAUUGUUGCAGUCUACACCACUCCAGCCCUCCCAGCAUGACAUGGUCAAGAUGGUAGAAACGUCAGGCUUGACCUUGCUGGACACGAUAGAUCAUCUGCUGGACUACUGCAAGAUCAAUGACUUGGCGACCACGAAGAAGUCGGGUAGUCAUAGAGUCGAAAGGGAGGUCACUGGUCGAACAUCAGACUUUGAUCUCGGCAUAUUAAUCGAAGAAGUGGGAACCUUUAUUUACGCUCGCCACAAAGCCCAGCCUGUCACCAUCCCUGCAAGGAAUUCCAUAGUCGCUGCAUCCGCUAAUGAAACAAGACACCAACUUCCUAGCAGCAGUGAUGAACUUUCAACAGUCAUACGGAUAGAGAUGCUCGAUUCCUGGACGGUGCGAUCGAAUGCCAGUGCCUGGAGAAGAAUAUUGAUCAACCUCAUUGACAACGCAAUGAAAUGGACCAUGAACGGCCUCGUUGAAGUCACAUUAUCAAAAGUGAGAUCAGAAAACAAGCACGGCUUUUCAUAUGCCCACUUAUGUGUCAGAGAUACUGGCAGUGGGAUCUCACGGGACUAUCUCAAGGAUAGUCUCUUUACUCCAUUCGCCCAGGAGGACUCUCUAUCGCCAGGUGUCGGCCUUGGCCUCAGCAUCGUACACAAAUUGGUGAUAUCACUUGACGGUACUGUCGACGUCAGAAGUGAGCUGGGUGUAGGCACCCAAGUGGAUAUUUAUAUACCCGUUGCGUAUCUCGAUAGAACGCACCCCGCUGAAUUGGCAGGUGUUUGUUCGUCCAUCCCAAAAACACCCACUCCACAAACUUCGGUCCGAGCAUGCCUUCUUGGACUAAACGGACAUCCGAGCUUGAAUGAAAUACCGACCGGGAUCUUAAGCAGUGAGGCCAAACGGAAAUUUUCGGUUCAAAAUGCGCUCGUCGAUGUUUUAAUGACACGAAUGGGGUGGCAGCUCUCGUUGGCAAAAUCUCCCACGCAAGAGCAUGGUGAUGUCGUUGUCAUUGAAGAAGCAGACUUCCACCACAUGUUGACUGAAGGGUUGCUGCACGCAACAGACCCCGACCUCAUUUGCAAAUUUUUCAUUGUCCUAGGUGGAAAGACAUCGUUCCUGACUGAUGAUUUGCCAGCGAAUGUCAUCCGUGUAUCGCAGCCAUUCGGACCUAAGAGUCUCCAUGAUGCUGCUGAGCAAUUUAUGAAAAUCAACAAGGCGCCGCUUCAAUUUGACGCCACGGACUUCGCACCCAAUUCCUCCUUGUUAAUAACUCAUCAACAUAUCUCCUCCCUGCCAACACGGAAGGGCUCUAUCAACAAAUCGAGAAUCUCUGUCCCCGGAUGCUCAUCUGCCGAUGCUAGUUCUCUUGAUCGGCCUGAAUUCAUAGUCCAAAAGCCGAGCCUGAACAAAAACCUAAACAUGUCCUCAUUGUGGAUGAUAAUGACAUCAAUCUCAAGGUCAGUCAAGGCUUUUUUUUGA